AAGCAGUUGAAGACCACCCUGUCGUUCUCUCUUCCCUACCCUGAUCUCGCUAGGUUUUCUCAAGCAAGACAAUGAGUCAACCCCUGAGGAGAGGUGUUAGGACGCUUUCCUGGACUCGGGUCCUCCCUCCCCGAGCGCGACAGGCACGAAGCAUCCAAAUUCGAGCUGCGCCCACGGAGCGACCAGCGACUGUCAAUGGGAGUAACCUACCUCUUGCUGAUACUCCCAGCUUUGCAGAGUCUGCAGAUGCGCGGUUUGAUGUCAUCGGUGCACCAUACUCCCUCCUAUCGGUUUCGCUCUCGGCUUCACAGAACCUCUUCACACGGCGGGGAACCUUGGUGGGAUUAAGUGGAAAGGCGGACAAUGUGGUUUCGACAUUGAGUGUCUUGGAGCCUUUCCGAAGGGCUCCCGUCGGUGUCCCCUUCCUCUACCAGAAGAUCUCCUCCGCUAGCCCGGUGACCGCUUUAAUAUCCGUUCGGUCUCCUGUUACAUCGUUUGCUGUUGUCCACCUCAAUGGAUCUGUGGAUUGGAUGGUAGCCCAGAAACGGGCCCUACUUGCUUGGACAGGCCGCUCGCUUAAUAUUCGACCCACGAUUAACACCAGCUUGAGCGUGGCUCACUGGGGUAGCUCUGAGGUCACUGGUAGGGGACUGCUGGCACUGGUUGGAAACGGCCAACUGUACUCGGUUGAGCUUAAGGCUGGAGAACAAUACAUUGUCCAUCCCAGCAAUGUUGUUGCUUACACCAUGAGCUCCAACCCCCCUCGUCCAUACCGCUUCAAAUCCACAACAUUGAAAUUCCAGGUUCCAGGCUUAAAAGGUCUUCCUGACUUCAUUCAGAGCUCCAAGUUUAUCCAGAAUAUGUCGGAUUCAGAUACAUGGAAAACCGCCAUGCGGAUCUGGCAUAGAGUCCGUACCUGGUCUCGAAUGACUAUCUGGGGAGAUAGGUUGUUUCUUCAAUUUGACGGGCCGUCGACUAUCCUUCUACAGUCUCGGGGCCCCCGAAUCAACGAGGUUCUGACCAACCACGAGGUCAACGAGAUCGCUCGCUCACCCCGAGGCCUGACAAUUGUCCCUGCGAAGCCCGAGUCUGUAGCAACGGGGCCCAAGACCCCCGAGGACAUCGAAAGUGAACUCCACGUCGUCAGUCAAAGCAUCGCGCACCUGACCAAGGAGGGCAGGGUGGUAUUUGAAAAUCAAGGGAAAAAGAACUAAGCUCCGGGAUGAAGGGUUUGGUAUCAUUGUUUUAUAUGCAUAGAGUCAAGAGCCUAUUUCAUUUUUGUUGAGGCGGCAGGUGGGGAAUUUUUCAUUGCGGGAUCAAUGUAUCAUAGAUUUUAGCCUUUGUAUAGGCAGACUUUCCAUAUGGAUUUCCUUUUCUCUGUGUACUCCGUUUUUUACGUAUUAC